AUGUUCGGCGACACCAUCGAGGUCCGGAAGCAGCGCCUCAGCGACCGCGCCUACGCUUUGGGCGAGCGCCGCGAGAAGGAGCGCCAGGCCAACGUCGACGAGUGCUUCCGGCGCCAGCGCCGCCUGGCCUGCGACGACGUCCGGUCCCGCGACAGCCAGGCCGUCUUGGAAAUGGUCGCCGAGAGCCGCAAGGACCAGAUCCUCGAGAAGCAGCAGCGCCUCGAGGUGGAGGCGAAGGACGAGGAGGACUACGUCGUCAAGUGGCGCGCCCAAUUGGAGGCCGCCGAUAAAGUAGAAGCGGACAAGAUCGCGUUCCAGAUCUCGCGCCAGUUCGCCGUCAAGGACGUGCUCGACGAGCAGGUCAAGGACCUGCGCCGCCGCAAGGAGGCCUGCCAGGAGAAGCGCAUGGACGACGCGAAGCGGGAAUUAGAAGAGUGGAAGGUCGCCAUGGACGCGGAGAAGAAAGCCGUCGCGGACGCGCGCGAGGACGCGCGGCGCCGCGGCGCGGACGUCGCGGGCUUCAACAACGUCUUCGACCGGCGGCGCGCCAAGGUCAAGGCCGAGACCAUGGCCCACGACCUCACGCUCCUCGACUACGCGCUCCGCUGCGAGAAGGCCGACGACGCCAAGGACGAGGCCAAGGUCGCGCACGAGAAGGAGAUGGCGCUCCGCUACAAGUCCUAUCUCGACGGCUUCGAGAAGGUCAAGGAGGUCGACGAGGCGCGCGUCAACGCGGACCGCCUCGUCAUCGAGAACCGCAUCUGGGAGGCCAAGGACAAGGAGCAGCGCGACCAGAUCGAGGCGCGCCUCUACUUGAUGGCCCAGGUGGACCUCGGCCGCAAGCAGCAGAUGGCGGACAAGGCCCAGGCCGCCAUCGAGGAGCGCGCGGCCUACGGCGCGGAGAUCCAGGCCAUCCGCGACCAGCAGGAGGCCGCGAACCGCGACGAGGACCGGAAGCGCGAUUUACGCCUCAGAGCCGCGCGCGCGAACCAGGCGGGCGUGCGCCAGCUCAUGGUGUCCAACGCCAAGGCGCGGGCCGAGGCGAAGCAGGCCGAGUACCUCGAGGCGCGCCUCAUGGACAAGGUCGAGAUGGCCCACGCGAAGAGCGUCGCGAACGAGGGCGGCAUCGUCAACACGCACCACCCCCUCCAGUCGACGAAGUGGUACACCUAG